CCCAGAGGAGAGAGAGAGAGAGAGACGGAGCAGAGCCACCCCUGCCACAAGAGAACAUCAUAUACAAGGCAUACACUGAAGAUACACUGGGAGUGCUUAUUUCUACUGCUGUCAUAGACGUCUGGCCCCUCAGCCUCUGCGCGCGUGUUAGUCCUCCCAUCCCUGCCACGUCAUCGCUGUCGUCGUUGUUGUCGUCUUCGCUAUUCGUUCCUGUGAGCCAUGAAGACCCCUCUCUGGACCCUGUUACUGCUGAGCCUGGGCGCCCCGGUGCGGGGAGACUGCCAGAGGGACUGCGUCUCCUGUGGACUCCUACUUCCUGAGCACCAGGCCUUCAGCACACUGGUGUGUUUGCUGGAAUGUGAGGCCCAGAUGUCCCCUGCACUGACCUGGGAUCUGUGUCAAGCCACCGUGAGCCAGAUGCCUGCUUCUCGCCAGCUACACGAAGGGGCCAUGACCAAUCGAGAUGACUAUGGUGGCCCUAUGAGCCUAGAGGAGGGCGAAGAAGAGGAGAUCAACCAAGAGGAAGAACAACAGCAGGAGCAGCAGCAGCAGCCGGCCAUGGAGACCCGGGCUGCCGAGUGGUUCCGAUCCGCACUUGAAGCCGAGCAGGUCCGGGAUGCUCUGGUGAAUGAGGAGGAGGACGAGGAGCGGGAUCGGGAUCGGGACGGCAAAGCAUCGCCGGACCGCCAGGGAGUGGCAGGCUCUGACCUGGAGGCGGCUAGCCUCCAUCUGGCCAAGCGCUUUGGUGGCUUCAUAAAGGGCCGCCACAGCUACCGGAAGCUGGUGGGUCGGGACCUGCCGGCGCCGCUGAGCCCAGAGGCCGACGGCCGGUCGCUGCAGAAGCGCUACGGCGGCUUCAUCGGCAUCCGAAAGUCGGCGCGCAAGUGGAACAGCCAGAAGCGCGUCAGCCAGCUCCUGCGACAGUACUUGAGCCUCACGGGCCGCCCUGUCCGCUUCAACAACCUCUCCGCACCUGGCCUGCGCCGGCCAAUUGACCUGUAGGCCGCCACGCGCCCCACCUGAGCCCCAGUCCACCGACCUUAACAUGACCCUUCCCACUCGUCAUACCUCAAUUCCAUGCUGUUCUGGCAGCAUCCAUGCUAAUGGUCCCAUUGUCCCCUCACACCGCGCAUAGUGCCGCAAAGAAACAAAAUAAAAAUGGAAGAACACAUGGAUGUGGGGAAAAGCCUGACCAUUUUAAUGUUAAAAAAUAACCAAGGAAUGUUCUCUUUUAGUUUCUUUACUACUGAUAUUUUCAUGUUAGUUUUCAGUGUUUUCUUGCUGUGAAAAUCCAGAAAUAGGAACCCAAGCAUGCAAGUCCUUUUUUUAUGAGAUUACAUUGAGGCUCAAUCAUUUUCUUAUUCAUUUUCUCAUUCAUUUUUUAUUCCCUGAGGUCAAGGCGUUGUUAUGGAUAUCUACAAAGAGUAACAAGCUGGUGUAUCAGACAUCGCACUUUAAUCUUUGGUUGUAGUUGUAAGUCUGCACGUAACCGUUUGCAUUGGUUUUCGUUCGUUUUCGUUUUCGUUCAUAUAAAUUACAAGCACUUUGGCUGAGUUAUUUUCAACCAAUGAAUGUGUGUGUGUGUGUGUGUGUGUGUGUGUGUGUGUGUGUGCAUGUGUGUGGUGUGUAUGUACAUGCUUGUGUGUCUAAGUGUUUCUGUGAGUAUGUACGCUGUGUGAAAAUAAAGUCAUCUGUGUUCGUCUGGGUUUACAUGUCAGUGAUGGUGUAAGCUGGUGAGCUCUCCUCCAAUAAUGUUUGGCUUCCUUGGGUAAUACUGCCCUCUAGAGCUCAUUUACCAAGCGGCAACCUAGUUUCUGCAGUGAUACUGGAAUGUCUGGACUGGCAAAUAAAACUGAAUUAUUGGAUUUUGCAUGCAAGCAGUCAAUCUGAGUUAUAUGCACAAUCACAACUGUUGUGCUUUUAACAUCAUACUGUUAUAGCUCAUAGCAGACUGAAUAAUGUUGUAAAAAAAAAAAAACACCGCCCUGGGCAGUAUUCCGCACUGA